UUUGUGCUCUACCAUAAAAUUCUCUGGAAUUAUCUUCAGGGACCACUCAGCCCCAUAAAAGAGAGCACUGCUGAGACUGGAGGAAUUAGCAAGAAGGCUGUGAAGGACCCAGCUUGUAGCACCAUGAAGAGCUUCCCCACGGCUUUCCCUCUUUUCCUGGUUUUUAUCCUGAGUGUUCAUCUCGGAGCUGCUGCACGUGGCAGUGAUGUGGCUAAGUUCUGCUGCUUUCAAUACACCCACAAGAUCCCUCCCUGGAGGUGGGUGAGUAGCUAUGAAUUCACCAGAAACAGCUGCUCCCAGCAGGCUGUGAUAUUCACCACCAAAAGAGGCCAGAAACUCUGUGCAACACCGAAGGAAGCAUGGGUGCAAAAGUACAUUUCUUUACUAAGAGCCCAGCAACAACAGUGACUGCUGAAUUCUCAGUCCAAAACGCCUGGAUCCUUCUCUGCUCUUGGCUCUGCCCCCCUUGGUGGAGCCUGAAGAAUUUCUCCAACAGAAGGCU